AGGCCAAGGCGUGGGGCGGGAGGAGGGCGCCCCGGGCUUGGCGGCGCUGCGUGCCUUACCGUGGACCUCUGCCGGUUGGCCGCCGGGAGCGGCGGUGUGGGAUUAGCGAGACCCCGUUCAAUCUCCAGGCACUGGGCGGUGAACCACCUCCCCGAGCAUGGGCAACGUAUUUGCGGCUGGCUCACCCGUGCCCGGCGCCGGCGCCGGCUUCUCAGUGCCGCCAGGGUUCGCGGUGCCGCCGGUAUCGGGCCCGGAGCAGCAGCGGGCGGCGGCGGCGGGGAUCGGGCCUGCGACCGGUAACGGGAGCGGAGCCGGCGCUGUCGGCGGACUCCCGAACCCCGGCACCUUCGAGGAGUGUCACCGCAAGUGCAAAGAGCUCUUCCCGAUCCAGAUGGAGGGAGUGAAGCUCAUCGUCAACAAGGGACUGAGUAAUCAUUUCCAGGUCAAUCACACCGUCUCUCUCAGCACAAUGGCGGAGUCCAGCUAUCAUUUCGGAGCCACGUACGUCGGCAGCAAACAGAUUAGUCCAACUGAGGCGUUUCCAGUGUUGGUUGGCGACAUGGACAACACGGGCAGCCUCAACGCACAGGUGAUCCAUCAGGUCACCAACAGAGUCCGCUCCAAAGUGGUGCUGCAGACGCAACAGUCGAAGUUCAUUAACUGGCAGGUGGACUCAGAGUAUCGGGGUGAGGAUUACACAGCGACAUUAACCCUUGGGAACCCUGACAUUCUCCUUGGCUCAGGGAUCAUGGUGGCGCACUUUCUGCAGAGUAUUACUCCUCGCCUGGCACUCGGGGCCGAGUUAGUUUAUCAUCGUCGACCUGGUGAGGAAGGGGCGGUGAUGUCAGUUGCCGGCCGGUACACAGGCAGUAACUGGAUUGGGACACUGACCCUGAACCCAGCAGGAGGACAUGCUACGUACUACCACAAAGCUAAUGAGCAGUUACAGGUGGGUGUGGAGCUAGAGGCCAGUCUCCGCAUGCAGGAAACCAACGUCACCUUUGGCUACCAGCUGGACUUACCAAAGGCCAACCUACUGUUUAAAGGUUCCUUGGACAGUAACUGGGUGGUAGGCGCCACCUUGGAGAAGAAAUUGGUGCCCCUGCCCCUGACACUGGCUCUGGGAGCCUUCCUCAACCACAGGAAGAGCAAGUUCCAGUGUGGCUUCGGUCUGACGAUUGGCUAGUCCUGGGGCCCCCACCCGCUGCACACAGACGAGGAGGGAAACAAUGGACGUUUUUAUAUUUUACUGGAAUGUACAGAGACCUUGUUUUCCAAGGGUCCCGUCUUCGGUGGUCCAGGGCGGGGGACAGAGGAGUGGGGGGCCAGGGAUGCAAGGUCUCUCCUGUCAUCCCCUAGAGAUGCGACUGACGUUGGUCUCUCAGUACAUUAGGUUGUGGGGGGAGGCAGAGGGAGGUGGGAGAGACUGCUCCACCCCUCCACCCCACUCAUCUGUGGGGUGCGUUAAAUCCUGGGGUCGUCUCUUGGUUUGAAUUCACUUGUUCUCGUUCAAUCCCUUCCCCUCUCCUUCCUCUUGCUUUUAACAAACGGUUCCCCGGUCUUACCAGGUCCCAAGAGGUGGUGGCCUCUGCUCUCCUGGGCCUUCUCUCUGACCUCUGCCCACAGCGGCCAAUGUACAGAGUGUGGCCCUGUCACUGCAGGGACGUGUGCAUGGAAAUCAUGUUUCAUAACGUAACCCACACCAGACAUGUUCCUCUUUCGUUUUUUUUGCAAACGAGAUUGUGCAUUUACUCUGUUAAUAAACCAAAUGGAGCCACAGUCCCCAGGACCCAGGACUGUGUGUCUGCCAUACA